AUGUAUUCAAGAAACCUGAAAUAUUUUAUGAUCACGUCUUGGAAAGUACAUUUGAGUUUGCUACUAGCAAAACCAAAAGAUGGAUUAAAAAAUCUGUCAUUGAAGUUGAAAACGCCGAAAGAAUUCGGUUGGACGACUUUUCUGAAGGCGAUCUUUCAACAAAAUUUGGCAGUUCGUAUUUUAAGUGCUUUAAUGCUAUUCAUAGUCGAAGUCAGGGAUCUAAGGGUACCAGGCUUGUUUUACGCUGAAGACAGUCCUAAUAACGCCAAAUUAGUCGAAAGAAUCGGCACAGCGUCUUCAUUAGGAAAAAUUGAGAGUAGAGGCUUAGAGGGAUUAAGUAGACGGGAAAGAUAA